AUGAAGAAGAGAAUCCUCUUCUCAAGUAAAAACCGCCACAUAAAGAACAAAAACUACCUUCGGAAGAAAAACAAAUAUUUCACGGACCAAAAAUUUCUUCGCAAGUUUAAAAAGUUUGCCAAAUCUGAGGAGCCAAAGAAGGAGUUAGUUCGGAGUGACCCCAUAAAGGACUUCUUCUUCACGCCCGAGCGGGCCCACCGGGAUGCACAAGCAGAAAAAAACACACAAGAGGAUGAAGUAGAAGAAGAAGUAGAAGAAGGGCAGGACGAGGAAGACAUAGAAACCGCCAAUGCGGAGGAGGACAGCCAAGAUGACCAAAGGGACGAUUCUCCAAUAAUCACAAACCGCAACAACAGCGGCACACAUCCCCUACGUGGAAACAAAACAAAAGGGAGUGCUGCGAAAAAAAAAAAAAAACCUCUUGCUGCAUCGGAGGAAGGUCCCCAAGACAGCAGCGAGGAUGAAACUCAAACAGAGCACCACAAGAACAACCAUGGCAAGCAUGGGAAAUCUGUGUAUAGUAAAGAAAUUAACAUAGCUUCUAUGAAAAGGAAGCAGAGAGACUUGUACUUGAAGGAGAAAGAAGCAGCCAUGAAGAAAAGUGAACAAGAAAAAAAAAAAAAAAAAAUGUUAAGAAUUAAAAAGUUUAAAAAAUUAAAUAGAAAAACAAAGAAGGGUCAGCCAAUCAUGAAGAAUUUGAUAAAUCAUUUGUUAAAAAAGAUAUGA